AUGGAGCUCAAUAUUGUCUGGAACAUUGGAAAAGCAGAUGUCUCCUUCUGGUUUGACAAUUGGUGCCUAUUAGGUCCUCUGUACAAGACUACUACCUAUGAGGUCCCAUUACCAAACAUCAAACUGAAUGAGAUUCUUCAGAACAACACCUGGAACUGGAACUCCCUCACCAUUCAACCAAAUGAAGGCACCAAAUCUCAUCUAUUAUCCUUAGGCAUUGAAUUGGAAAACAAUUGCUAUGAUAAAGCCAAUUGGAGCCUUUCCAAAUCAAGAAAAUUUACCAUAAGCUCCACCUGGAAUGCUAUUAGGCAAAGAAAAGACCACAAUCCUCUCUAUAAGAACUUAUGGACUAAGAACAUUCCUUUCAAGAUGUCUUUCCUCCUAUGGAGAGCAGUUGGUAACAAACUCUGCACUGACAAGAGUGUGGCCAGGCUUGGAAUUGCUCUACCUCCCCAAUGCUAUUGCUGUAACUCUACCAAUAGUCGAACUGAUCUGGAAAACACUAACCACAUAUUCUGCCAAGGUGAACUUGCAAGGAAGAUAUGGAGGAGUUUUGCGAGGCCAUUGGGUAUUGGUUGGAAUUUCAAUAACUUGAACAUGACCCUUCUAACUUGGUGGAACCACAAAUCAUCCAAUCCAAUCUCGAGAUACAUCAUGAAAAACCUCCCACCUAUCAUUUGUUGGGAAAUUUGGAGAUCAAGAUGUGGCAACAAAUAUGAAGGGACUAGACCCUCAAUGUAUAGAAUCUGUUCUAAUAUCACUUCUUUUAUCUUGCAGAUGGUCAAGAAACAGUUUAGUAGAGUACACAAUGGAGACAACUGGAGCAGUUUAUACGCAGCUUGUGAAGCACAGAUCCAACAGACAAGCAGUAUCACAGUGCGAUGGCUCAGACCACUUGCGCAAAUAGUCAAGCUGAACAGUGAUGAAAGUUUCACUAACGGGCAAUGUGGAGGGGGAGGAAUUAUUAGAAAUCAAGAAGGAAAGUUCAUCAUGGCAUACUCCAUCCCUCUAGGAGCAGGCACCAGCAACUACGCAGAAGCAGAAACACUUCUCUUUGGACUGACAUGGUGUGCGGACAGAGAUCUCAAGAUGGCUAUAGGAGAGUCUGACUCGCUCCUAAUAGUCAAUUAUGUCAAAAGGGAGUGGAAGUCACCAUGGAACAUCAGCAAGCAAAUUAAAGAGAUCCAGAAAAUGAUUGAAGAUCACAGCUUCAACAUCAAUCACUGCUUCAGAGAAGCCAAUAGACCUGCAGAUAGUUUAGCAACUCUGAGUCAUAGAAUUGAGGGAAACAUGAUCUUGAACCUUUUCUCUGAUCUCCCUAACCAUGUAAAGGGCCUAGUAAAUAUGGACAAAUGGGGCUUACCUACCUUUAGAAUUAAGCACACAAAACCCUCUAACAUCAUCUAUGAUCCUCCUUGA